UGCUCCCAGUGUGGAAAGGGUUGUAACGAUUUGGGGAAGCUGAAACGACAUGAGAGAAUACACACAGGGGAGAAGCCUUACCAUUGCUCCCACUGUGGAAAGCGUUUUAACGAUAUGGGCAAGGUGAAACGACAUGAGAGAAUACACACAGGGGAGAAGCCUUACCAUUGCUCCCACUGUGGAAAGUGUUUCAACCAGUUAGGGACCUUGAAACAGCACAAGGUAAUACACACAGGGGAAAAUCGUUACCACUGCUCCCAGUGUGGAAAGGGUUUUAACGAUUUGGGGAAGCUGAAACGACAUGAGAGAAUACACACAGGGGAGAAGCCUUACCAUUGCUCGCAAUGUGAAAAGAUGUAUAGCGAGAAAGGACACCUGAAAGCCCAUGAGAAAAUUCACACAGGGGAGAAGCCUUACCAAUGCUCCCAGUGUGGAAAGUGUUUCACCUGGGCAGGGUAUCUGAAAAAACACGAAAGAAUACACACGGGGGAGAAGCCUUACCACUGCUCCCAGUGUGGCAAGUGUUUCAACGGGGAAGGGGAUCUGAAAAGACACGAAAGAAUACAUACAGGAGAGAAGCCUUACCACUGCUCCCGCUGUGUCAAGUGUUUUAACCAGUUAGGGGCCCUGAAACAGCACGAGAGAAUACACACAGGGGAGAAGCCUUACCACUGCUCCCAGUGUGGCAAGUGUUUCAACCAGUUAGGGACCCUGAAACAGCACAAGAUAAUACACACAGGGGAGAUGCAUUACCGCUCCUCCCAGGAUGACGAGGAAGAGAAGAGUCUCUCCAGAUCAGAACACCAGAUGGACAACGCUAGCCCUUCCUCUCUCCCGGAGUCCCUGUAUCGUGCCUCUCCCGGUAGCACCUUACUGCUGGGUAUGAAGAGGUUGUCUGUGCUGCUGGUGGACUGCAGGAAAACAACAGGGCUGAGUGGAACUGUGAGAGGAGGAGAAGAGAUGAAAGGAUCAGAUUUGACACAUCAAAGAGAAAGACCAGACUCAGAAGAACCAGAGCCAGGGAUGUCCAAACCAUCAAGAAGACACCAGUGCUCUGACUGUGGAAAGGGUUGUAACAGGUUAGGGGCCCUGAAACAACAUGAGAGAAUACACACAGGGGAGACGCCUUACCACUGCUCCCACUGUGGCAAGUGUUUUAAGCGGUUAGGGAAUCUGAAAGGCCACGAAAGAAUACACACAGGGGAGAAGCCUUACCACUGCUCCCACUGUGGCAAGUGUUUUAAGCGGUUAGGGAAUCUGAGAGUCCACGAAAGAAUACACACAGGGGAGAAGCCUUACCACUGCUCCCAGUGUGGAAAGUGUUUCAGCCGGUCACAAAUCCUGAAAGCCCAUGAGCUAGUACAUACAGGGGAGAAGCCUUACCAUUGCUCCCACUGUGGCAAGUGUUUUAAGCAGUUACGGAAUCUGAAAGGCCAUGAAAGAAUACAUACAGAGGAGAAGCCUUACCACUGCUCCCAGUGUGGCAAGUGUUUCAACCAUUCAGGGAAUCUGAAAGACCAUGAAAGAAUACACACCGGGGAGAAGCCUUACCACUGCUCCCAGUGUGGAAAGUGUUUUAAGCGGUUAUUGAGCCUGAAACGACACGGGCCAGUACACACAGGGGAGAAGCCUUACCACUGCUCCCAGUGUGGAAAGUGUUUUAAGCGGUUAUUGAGCCUGAAACGACACGGGCUAGUACACACAGGGGAGAAGCCUUACCACUGCUCCCAGUGUGGGAAGUGUUUUAAGCGGUUAGGGAGCCUGAAACGACACGGGCUAGUACACACAGGGGAGAAGCCAUACCACUGCUCCCAGUGUGGGAAGUGUUUCAGCCGUUCAGGAAUCCUGAAAGCCCAUGAGCUAUUACAUACAGGGGAGAAGCCUUACCACUGCUCCCAGUGUGGAAGGAGUUUUUACCAUAAAAACAGCCUGAACCAACAUGAGAAAAUACACAGAUGGGAGAUUCAUUACCACUCCCUCCCGGAGUGCAAAGCUUUUGCCCAUUUACGAAGCCUGAAAGAGCAUGACACAGAGGAGAAGUCUUACAGAAGGUUAGACUUUGGGAAAACAUAUUACUCAUAAUCACUUAAAUGUCAUUAGAGAAUCCACACAGGAGAGAGAAAUUACUACUCUUAGCGUGUAUAUUGAUAUUUCACAUCUCAUUUUUCUUACAAUUCAUCAGAGAACAUACACAGUGCUCCCGUUGUCUUAUAUUGUUGCCUAUAAUGUGUUGACCUGUUUUUACCAGAUGAAAUUGUUUUUUGUAAAGUUAGUGUGGGAGAGGUGGAAAAAUUGUUAUCGAUCAAUAAUGACAAACCUCCUGGCAUUGACAACUUAGGUGGAAAGCUACUGAGGACAGUAGGAGUGGCUAUAGAGUCAGCUAUCUGACAUAUUUUAAAUAUGAGCCUAGAGGAAGGUCUUUGUUCUCUUGCCUGGAGGGAAGCCAAAUUAAUCCACUACCCAAGAGUGGUAAAGCGGCCUUUACUGGUUCUAACAGCAGACCUAUAAGAUUGCUGCAAGCUC